AUGGCAGAGGAGAAGGAAGCUCCCCAGAGCGAGCCUGCCAACGGCGCCGCGCCCAACGGCAAUGCGCCCGGGACCACGGAGAAGCACGACGAGAAGAACCCCCCGGCGCCCCUGAAGCAGAAGACGCGGACAGACUCGAGCAAGAAGGGGCCCGCCGGCGGCUUCGACGAUACACCGCUCCCGCGCGCUCCGCCUGGCUACACCAUCAAGAUUACCCUGCACCGCGCGAGAAACCUCCCUCUCGCCGAUAUCAACACGCUCUCCGCCGACCCCUACGUUAUCGCAGAGCUCCACACCUCGCUGCCGACGCGCCACAAGGAAGACCCGCCCUUGCAACGGCGCACCGCAACGAUCCGCCAGAACACGGACCCCGAGUGGAACGCAGAAUGGAUAGUCGCAAAUGUCCCCGCGUCAGGCUUCCGGUUGAAGUGCCGCAUAUACGACGAAGAUCCAGCGGAUCACGAUGACCGGUUGGGUAAUGUCCACGUCGUGGUAGAUUCGUUGAGCGAGAACUGGAGUGGCAUACGCGAACAGAUAUAUCCGAUCAAGAAGCGCAUGGCAAGCAAGCGGGCCUACCUGCUGCGCGCAUUGGCUGUGUGCUUCAGAAAAGCCGAGCAUAUGCACGGCGAGAUGACCGUGAGCGUCGAAGUCCUUGGACGCACCCAGGACGAGAAUGGCGGCCGAACAUACACAGUGGGACCGCAGUACUGGAUACGGCAUUAUUCACCGCUGCUGGGCCGUCUGCUCGGAAAGAAGGCGCCCGACGAGAAUGGCUCCAGCAGCGGGGCGUCAGAGAAGAAGAAGCCAGAGCGCUACAACUUCCAGGCGAACCAGAUGCAGCUGCGCGGUCCGACUCCCGAAGCCAUGUACCACCGCUACGUCGAAUUCAAGCCUUUCGUCAAGGCCAUGUUCACUGCAAAAGGUUUCCGUGGUUUCAUCCUCUCGAAAGCAUUACACCACCAGCACACGCGCGUCUACAAUUUCGAUCGCGAGACUGCGUUCGAAUCCUUCCCAGAGCCCUGCAAGGAGUUCACGCAGAAGUUCCUCGAGCUCGUACACCACGACCAAGGAGGGCGCAUCUUCACAUACGUCCUUACGCUAGACGGCCUCUUCCGCUUUACCGAAACCGGGAAGGAGUUCGGCAUCGACAUGCUGUCCAAGCACACUAUGCACUCUGAUGUUGCAGCCUACAUCGCCUUCUCGGGGGAGUUCUUCAUCCGGCGCCUUAAGAAUCCGCACAACAAGCCUCCCGAAGAAGGCGGCCACAACUCGUCGCACCCUCCCGACGAAAUCUCUGGCGGACCGCCCAAAGACCAGCCCGUCAAGGACCCCUCAUACUACGAGCUCAUCAUCGACAACGACUCCGGCACGUACCGCCCCAACGCGCAGCUCCUCCCACAGCUCAAGGCCUUCUUUGAGUCGAAUUUCCCCGGCCUCCACGUCGUCACGCUCGACUGCCAGGGUCAAGCCGAGAAGAUGGACAAGAUGAAGAAGGAGCAGCGCGAGCGCAAGAAGGCUGAGGGCGACCACAUCGUGUACAAGCAGAUCAGCAGGAGCAGCAGCAUGAGCUCGAGCGACAUUGAAGACUUGGAAAGGUUGCAAGACGAAGACAGUCGCACGGAGCCGCACUUCAGGCACCACCUGCAGGCGUUGGCGGCUGGCAAGGGCGAGGCCAUGAAGCAGCACGCGAAGGACUACCGGCCUCACAAUAACCGCGAGGGCUGGAGAGGCGACGACCAUCCUGCGCGCCACGACGAUGCGGGCGCGGGUCCGUCGGCGCAGGGUGAUAGCGCGAGGCUUUCGAGGGAGGGAGAAAAUGCCGCUCCUGCGACCGCGGGGCAGCAGGACCCGUCGAAUUCGUGA